AUGUUUAAUUGUCCGGCAAUACCUUAUUGUACUUUUUUCAACAGUAAUGUUUGUCAUGUUUGUAAAACGUUUGAUAAACCAUUGAAAAGAUGUUCAUCAUGCAAGGUUAUGGUUUACUGUUCCACUGACCACCAAAGAUCGGACUGGAAAUACCAUAAAGAGUUAUGCCUUAUCAUAAAGAGUGCAUCAGACACUUAUAAAGAAUCUGUAAAUACAUUUGCAGAUCUCCUAAAUGAUCAGUAUCUUAAGCAUAUCUAUUGGCAGGAGAAGCUGAAACGAAAGCUAUAUGAUUUUGAAAUGCAAAUGUGGAUGUUUCCAAGAUUUUGUGCAGUUUGUUAUUCUCAAGAAGCUACCAUUUUUUGUGCAAAAUGUCACAAUAUUUCCUACUGCUCAGAGGAACACAAAAAGCAUCAUCAAAGUCAACACGAAAUGCACUGUAAUGAACUAAAAUUGAGCUUAGAAAUGGACUUGUUUACAUUUUCACAAAGCCUUCCAGAUCAUUACUUGGAAGUGAGUCCAAAUGAUAUAGAAGAUAGCAUAUCUGCUCUUCCUGAAAAUUUGAAACAACUGAUGUCCAUGUAUGAUGAAAACUAUUCAACAGAGAAUGUUAAAGAUAUUGGACCUCAUAUUAUACAGAUUCGUAAAUCACAAGUAAUUGCACCUGUAGCUACCAUAAUUUAUGGUUUGGAAGGCAGUGGAUUUUUGAGUGAUAGAAUAUUUCCAAAAGAGGAGCUUGUAGUACAUUUAGUUGGUGCUGAUAUAACAGAAAUGGGUUUGCUUUGGAGAAUCAUGUCAGAGUUACCAUUUCACUGGAUAAAGAACUUGAGGAACUUUGAAUAUUUCAUUAUUGGCCCUGACUUGAAUCAUAGUGGAACAACUGAUAAAUUCACCAAUCAAUUGUGCCUCAGUUGCAAAAGCAAAAAAUCUACAACCAGGAUUACAUUUCAUGAGCAGUUGUACCAUAAUAUAGUUGGGAUUUUGAAGAAGCCUGAUGUAGUGGUUGCUCUGAAUAGUGGUUUACAUGAAUUUUCAAAUCACCCAGAAGAUACAUGGAAAGAUAGUAUUCCUUUUUUAUGUCAAAGUCCAGGGGUUCCUCUAAUUUUGACAGCUUACACUAAAGAAGAAAUUAUUGCAGACAUAAAUAUUGUAAGGAAAGCUAAUAAGAAAGUAAAAGUGUUAGUAGAACCUCAUAGAAACCCUUUCUCAAAUUUGAAACCUUUGAGAAAUUUCUCUAGUGAUAUUGAUCCUAUUUAUUACAUUAAUGGUUUUAUAGCAGUAUUGUUGAAGUAUUAA